UUAAACUAUUACAUGAAGCAAAUAGUACAGUUGAUUUCAUAUAACAAGAGUUAUUGGAUUUAUAUGGGCAAAAGUUAAUGCAUAUGGGCAAAUAAAUUGAUGAACUUACAGACUCAUUUAUUUGACAUAUAUUUAUUGUGUGGUCUCUAUUGAAUGCUGGGUAUCUUCCAGGAGCCUAAAAUUCAGCAGUGAAUGUAACAGGCUCAAAUCCUUGUACUCAAGUAGCUAAUAUUCUAAUCGAGGGAGAAGACAAUAAACAAAGUUAAUAAGCAAAAUAUUCAACAUACUAGUUGAUAGGAAGUUCUGUGGUGAAAAAUAAAGUAAGAGGAAAAGAAUGAGAGGAAGCUCUAAAAGCAACUGAAGAUUUACAUGAAGAAGCUGCCCAGGCGUUGGCCCAGAGUGAGAGGAAGCGCCAUGAGUUCAACAGGCAGGUCACAGUUCAGUGGAAAGAAAAGGAUUUCCAGGGCAUGUUGGAGUGCCGCAAAGAGGGCGAGGCCCUCCUCAUCCUCAACCUGGUGACAGACUUGAAGCCUCAGAUGCUGUUGGACACAGUGCCCUGUCUCUCCGCCUACAUCCUCUACAUGUGCAUUCGGCUCGCGGACCAAACCAACGAUGAUCUCAAGGUGUACUCCCUGAUGACCUCCACCACCAACGGCAUUAAGAAAGUCCUGAAGAAGCACAGUGAUGACUUUGAGAUGACGUCAUUCCUGUUAUCCAACACCUGCCACCUUCUUCACUGUCUGAAGCGGUACAGCGGGGAUGAGGGCUUCAUGACUCAGAAUACAGCAAAGCACAACGAACACUGCCUUAAGAACUUUGACCUCACCGAAUACCGUCAGGUACUGAGCGACCUUUCCAUUCAGAUCUACCAGCAGCUCUUUAAAAUUGCCGAGGGUGUGUUACAGCCGAUGAUAGUUUCUGCCAUGUUGGAAAAUGAGAGCAUUCAGGGUCUAUCUGGUGUGAAGUCCACUGGCUCCCAGAAGCACUCCUCCAGCAUGGCAGAUGGGGAUAACUCAUACCGCCUGGAAGCUAUCAUCCGCCAGAUGAAUGCCUUUCAUACAGUCAUGUGUGACCAGGGCUUGGACCCUGAGAUCAUCCUGCAGGUAUUCAAACAGCUCUUCUACAUGAUCAACGCAGUGACUCUUAAUGACCUGCUCCUGCGGAAGGACGUCUGCUCUUGGAGCACAGGCAUGCAACUCAGGUACAAUGUAAGUCAGCUUGAGGAGUGGCUUUGGGGAAGAAACCUUCACCAGAGUGAAGUAGUUCAGACCAUGGAACCUCUGAUCCAAGCAGCCCAGCUCCUGCAAUUAAAGAAGAAAACCCAGGAGGAUGCAGAGGCCAUCUGCUCCCUGUGUGCCUCUCUCAGCACCCAGCAGAUUGUCAAAAUUUUAAACCUUUAGCCUCCCCUGAAUGAAUUUGAAGAACAGGUAACAGUGGCCUUUAUACAAAUGAUCCAGGCACAACUACAAGAGCAGAAUGACCCUCAGCAACUGCUAUUAGAUGCCAAGCAAAUGUUUCCUGUUUUGUUUCCAUUUCAUCCAUCUUCCCUAACCAUGGAGUCAAUCCCAGCAUGUCUCAAUCUGGAGUUCCUCAAUGAAGUAGAUGCAUGGUUAGUCUGAUUCCCAAUGUGAGCAAAAAGGAAGUAUAGACAGUAAAGUAAAUUCAAGGAUCUGUUAAAUCUGGUAAAAGUAGAUCAAAUCAGAGAUUGACAGCCUGUGGAGGGUGCUGAACUAUACAGAAUUAGACACAACUAUGGCGUUAUUUUUUGUACGUACUGCUCAGAAUAAAAACACUUGAAAUGUGGAAGAUUUUAAGUUUGAUUUCAGUCCAACAAAUAUACAUAAUAAUUUAUAGACACCAAGCAGUCCCCAUAGCCAUAUAAAAGAUGCCAAUUCUAUAAAAUGAAGCUGCCGAGUUUUAAUCUUUGCAUAUAACUGGAGAAUGUCCAAAUUAAAAUACUAACUAUAUAUAAGUCACAUAAAUUGCCUUCAAAGGGCUUUUAACAAAUAAUAGUACUAAUAACCAUGAUAAUGACAUAUACUGACAUUUCCCAAAGUUUGCAAACCAUAGGUGUGGUAGAGUUUGUGGUGAGAUGUGUUAAGAACAAAAAUAUGGGGAUGAGACUUCUGAGAAAUGUCCCCAAAAUAUUUUUUAAUGGCUGAUUUUACAAAGACAGCAGUGUUACUGACCUCCAAACCAGACAUUUUGAGUACUGGUUUCUGAAGCAAAAUUAGAAGUGCCAGUCCUCAGUGUCCUCAAAUGCU